GCUGCGCCUGCGCCAGAACGGCUGCCUCGCUCCCGGAAGUGGAGGGUCUGCAAGAAGAGCACCGCUGGGUCUGGGUGCCAAGAGGCAGAAACGCUCGCGGAGCUAGCCCGUUGGACCCCGAUCGCCAUGUCGGCCUUCGACACCAACCCCUUCGCGGACCCAGUGGACGUAAACCCUUUCCAGGAUCCCUCUGUGACCCAGCUGACCAAUGCUCCACAAGGAGGCCUGGCUGAAUUCAACCCCUUCUCCGAGACAAAUGCAGCGACAACGGUUCCUGUCACACAGCUUCCCGGGCCCUCGCAGCCAGCAGUUCUCCAGCCCUCAGUAGAGCCAACUCAGCCAACCCCCCAGCUCCUGCUUAGACAGGCCAGCAGGUUCCUGCCUACCAGAUUCCUGGCAGUGAGCGAGCUCUCAGAGAGGCAGAUGCUCCUAGGCGGAGAUAGUAUUCUCAGAGACAGCUACAUGCGAGAGCUUCCCAAGGCUGUGGCCUCUGCAGCUCAGGCAAGCCUGCUCCGGCAGCAGGAAGAACUGGACAGAAAAGCGGCUGAGCUGGAACGCAAGGAGCGGGAGCUGCAGAACACUGUGGCCAACUUACAUGUGAGAGAGAACAACUGGCCACCCCUGCCCAUAUGGUGCCCCAUCAAACCCUGCUUCUAUCAGGAUUUCUCCACAGAGAUCCCUGCUGACUACCAGCGGAUAUGCAAGAUGCUCUACUAUCUCUGGAUGUUGCAUUCAGUGACUCUGUUUCUGAACCUGCUUGCCUGCCUGGCCUGGUUCUUAGUUGACACCAGCAGGGGAGUAGACUUUGGCCUCUCGAUCCUGUGGUUUGUGAUCUUCACCCCCUGUGCCUUCCUCUGUUGGUACCGACCCAUCUAUAAGGCCUUUAGGUCCGACAACUCCUUCAGCUUCUUCGUGUUCUUCUUUGUGUUUUUUUGUCAAAUAGGGAUCUACAUCAUCCAGUUGGUCGGCAUCCCUAGCUUGGGGGACAGUGGUUGGAUCGCAGCCCUGUCCACACUGAAGGAAGACUUGGCCGUGUCAAUCAUCAUGAUGGUGGUGGCUGGCUUCUUCACCCUCUGUGCCGUGCUCUCACUCUUUCUCCUGAAGCGGGUUCACUCCCUGUACCGCCGGACUGGGGCCAGCUUCCAGCAGGCCCAAGAGGAGUUUUCCCAGGGCAUCUUCAGCAGCAGGACCUUCCAGAGCGCCGCCUCAUCUGCUGCCCGAGGAGCCUUCCAGGGGAAUUAGUCCUCUUGCCUCUCCUCCCUUUGGCCCAGCCCUUUCUCUCAACCUGCCUUCUGAGCUGCACUUUCUGUGGGUGCCUUACGCAGUGGUUAUGCCCAGCACAGACCUGGGGAGGGUCUCGCCCGUGUUUCUUCCUCCUUCCUCAGCAGCCAGCUGUCCCUUCCACUUGAGGAAAGGGGAGGGAGGGACAGGGACUUUUUUUUACACAGGAGAAAAGAGGAAAACAAAGCUAUCAUUCCUUCUCUGGUGGUGGUUUGGUAGGGUUUUUGGUCCCUCUGGAGACAGUGGGACUGAAGUUCUCUUCUACACACACACGCACACGCGCACACACACACGUACACAUUUGGGAUCGCCAGCUGCCCUGGGCCCACCACAGCUGGAGUUUUCUUUCUGUCGGGGUCCUGAGACACCACUCUUACCUGAGCAGGCCUGGCCUGAAUCUGGCUCCACAGGCCCGCUCUUCCUUCCUAGCCAGGCUGAGGAGGUCUCCUAAGGGCUCCCCUUUAGAUGAGCUGAAGUCUGGGCUCUGUUCCCCAGGUCAGUCUCGGGUGGUCUUUGGGCUUCCAGAGCCUCUGGCCUGGUUGCUCCAGCCUUACGUUUCUCACAGUUUCACAACCCUUUAGACCCGUUCCCUCCUGGUAUGGGCAGUACCCUCUGGGGUGCUCCUUGAACCCUUUCCUCUUUAGACUUACUGAAUGUGCAAUGGGGUUGGUUGGGAUUUGGGGAUGGGGAGAGCUCGAGGACACUGACCCCAAGUUGUCCUGACCAGCCUUUGGCAGUCUUCUAGGAGAGUGGGUCGCACUGUUCUGGUGUGGUUUGUUUUUGGUCCUGUUUGUUUUGAUUUCCUCUCUUCCUGAGGGACAGCUGCCCUUUACCUUGCCCCCCACCCCCCGCAUCAGCAAUAUCUAGCUUGUAUGACUCUUAGGGAGGGCAGGGGGAAUCAGUCCAGAAAUGCAUCCUUCAGACUGGACUGAUGAGCCACCUUUUUGAGAGUUCCAGACUAAUCCUCCAGGGUUCCUCCCAUACUUCAAGUAGAGACUAGGUCACCUUCUUCUAGUCCUGGGGAUUUCCCAGGACAUGUGUCACUGUGAUGGGUACCUAGUAGUUCAGAGUUAAAACCUGUACCGUGUCCACCACAGGUGGUACAAGUGGGUGUGUGGACUGAGGGGACAUCUCAAAAAACUGGCUUGCCUUAGGUCUCUAGGUCCUGGGCCCAUCUCAGGCAGCCCACAGGAUGCCACCCCAUACAGCCCCAGAGCCACUGGAUGAUAAUGUCAGUGACGACGGUUUUGUAAACUCCUUUCUGGUAUUUUUUUCUCCAUGUAAAAAUGUAUAUGUUAUGUCUCAAUUUUUGUCCUUAAAUAAAACAAGACAUUUUCAGACAACA